CAACUGUGUUCGGCUCGUCCGAGAUGUGUACAGAACAGAGUUAUUGGCCUGUUGCCGUGGCCCGAUAGCACCGUCGCCGCCGCCACCGCCACCGCCGCCGUCAUCUCAGCGUGCUUGGACAAGUCUGGCAAGUUUGGCCGAGGCUGUACUGCCUCCCCACCACAGGCCGCCCAGUUCGUUGGCCCCCCUCACGUGCGUCUCGGUCGGAGGCUCCUCAUGCUGCUUUGUAGGCGUGCUUUAAUCGGACAAGCCGGCCCAGGCGGCUUGACCAGACGACAGGCAGAUGGGCGUGGUGGUGGGUUCUCUCUCUUUUAUCUCGUAUUCUUUCUUUCUCGUACACUCUAUCUCUCUCUCUCCCCCCCUUACACUCUCUCCCUUUCUCUCUCCUUCCUUCUUCCUCUCUAUUUCUCUUCAACUCCUUCUCUCUCGUCCACUCUCUCUUUCUGUCUGCCUCGCUCUUCCUGUCUCGGACGCCUCGACUCGCCAAAGCCGACUUGGAAAGCGGACAAAGGUCGCGUGUACAGGAUAGAGCUUCUCUCGACCGAAUGA